CUCCUGGCUGUCACCCGCAGUCUAACAUUCUCAUCUGGUCAGUGCACGACUAAUCUAUGAGUAAAGGGGCUCUCACCUGUAUUAUUAUUUCUUCUACUUUGUUUAAAGAUAGGCCGCCUUCCCCAUUCAUUUAUAAACCACCUCUGGAUUUAGGAAUCAGACUGUUCAGUAUCUUCAUUUGCGCACUGUAUUAUUUAAGAAGAGUUUCGGUGUUUUAAGAAAUAUUCUAAUUUCAAAGUGAGCAUAUCGAAACAUAUAAGAUCCUGACCAAAUGCAUUUGAAACGAGUAACGCUAAGAGAGAUGUCGAACACAACGUGUAUGUCUACGAGCUGCCUUCUGAACAAGCAGACCACUAUGAAAUAUCUGAGUUUGCCCCAACCGGAAGACAAGGUGCAGUGCAUGUACGUCUGGAUCGACGGCACGGGAGAACAAUUGAGGGCCAAAACAAGAACUCUAGAUUUCGUACCCAAGGCUCCAGAAGAUCUGCCUAUUUGGAAUUUCGAUGGCUCGAGUACCUAUCAAGCAGAAGAUUCCAAUUCCGACACUUACUUGUAUCCUGUGGCGCUCUACAAGGAUCCAUUCCGAGGCGGGGACAAUAAGCUGGUGCUCUGCGAAACCUAUAAGUACAAUAAGAAACCUACGGAGUCUAACAAGCGUCACACAUGCAUGGAAGUGAUGAAUAAAGCCAAGGAUCAAAAGCCGUGGUUCGGCAUCGAACAAGAAUAUACUUUAUUAGACUGUGAUAAGCAUCCCUUUGGAUGGCCCAAGAAUGGAUUUCCUGGCCCUCAAGGUCCAUACUACUGCGGCGUGGGUUCGGACAAAGUGUACGGUCGUGAUGUAGUGGAGGCCCAUUACCGUGCCUGCUUGUACGCUGGCAUUCCCAUCUGCGGCACGAAUGCCGAGGUGAUGCCUGCCCAGUGGGAAUUCCAAGUGGGACCGAGCGAAGGGGUCCGGAUCGGAGACGAUUUGUGGAUGGCUAGGUUCAUCUUGCAGAGAGUGGCCGAGGACUUCGGAGUGGUGGUCACCUUCGAUCCCAAGCCCAUACCUGGCGACUGGAACGGUGCUGGUGCUCAUACCAACUUUAGCACUAAAGCUAUGCGGGAGGAAAAUGGAAUAAAGGAGAUCGAGAAAGCAAUUGAUCGUCUAUCCAAGCAUCAUUUGCGCCAUAUUCAAGCUUACGAUCCUAAGCAGGGCAAAGACAACGAACGUCGUCUGACAGGGAACCAUGAGACUUCGAGCAUUCAUGAUUUCAGUGCAGGAGUAGCCAACAGGGGCGCCAGCAUCCGUAUCCCGCGGCAGGUGGCAGAGGAGGGCAAGGGAUACCUCGAAGACAGGCGACCCUCUUCCAAUUGCGAUCCUUACAGCGUGGCCGAAGUCAUCGUCAGAACAGUCUGCCUUGGUGAAUAAGUUCUGUUCCCCUUCCAGUACCUGUCCUCUUCCGGUUCUGUUUAGAUGUGUACGGCACUUUUUUUUUCUUGUCUUUCCAUGGCACCUUGAUUUUAUUUCUGAGACUUUCAGUGACCAAUGUUUAUAUUUAUAGUUGAAAAUGAAAUUAGAUUCAUCUGUAUGUAAUUGUAUAAUAAAAGAUUUAUGUCAUGUUCA